CAAGACACCAAGGCUCCAACUUUUACUCGGCAUCACCGGCAUCACUUUAUCUCGACCCGCGGUUCGAUCCUAUCUUCUACGCCAGCUCCUCCAUCCCAUACAGUUGCAAUCAACGAAAAUGACUCGGAUGCAAUGACAACCCCCACCCCGAGGAUGCCCAUACAGCCAUGAAUAACCGCUAUCGCCCGGUGCAGCUCGCCCAGCAUACAUUCCCCUGGCUAUCGGUCCAGGUCACCAGAGUCGCUAGCCAAAAGGUAGACCCCAAGUUGGGCAAACUGGGAGGGCAUCUCUGCAUUUUCGCAGAAAGAUUACCUCAUCUUUCAGACUCACAAAAACGCCGGCUUGAACAUCAUGGCACCAUUCGGCGCCUCCUCACCAAACUUGAGACCGCUCUCUCGGCCUCCUCCAACCCCACCAAGAUACGGCAUGGCCUAAUCAGCUUGCCGUUUGGAGGGCAUCUAGACUUUCCUCUCCUAACAAAUAUCGCGAUAGCAAUGGAGGAUGCGAAUGAUGGCGGACAUAAAGGCGUACGAGCCCUCCCGCUCAUCGAGCCCAUCAUAAGGAAUGCUCUAUUGAAGGGCAACAUCGACUACGCGGGCAUUUUUUCGACGUUCGUGGAGGUUUCCGAGAUUGGACAGGAGGACAAUGGCGAGGUUGAUGAGGCCCUGGUCCCCCAGUCGCCUUCAGGCAAGGACGACUUCGCGGGCUAUGAGAGGUAUGCCAAAGCAUUAUACAAAGUCCUGGUGCGGUAUGGCUCUUGCAAUUGCGACCGCCAGGAUCAGAACGACCGGCACUGGGCUCGGCUCAGACUGAAGCCGCUAUACCAGGCAAAUGAGAACAACCAGAUACCUUUCGACAUGUUGUUCUCGGCUUCGCCAAACCCACCUCGUACCGUCCGGUUCGAGUGGCAGCAUGUUCGCGUCUUCGUUCCCACCAGCAAGUCACGGCGGAAAGUCCAGUGGGCACAACAACUGGCACCCGCACACGAGGCAGAUCAACCCGACGGGACAGACAACGAGGCUUAUGAACGCAUCGAAACGUUAUGCACCCUCAUCGCGAGCCGGUGUGGCUCACUCUUGUGCUUCAAAGCAGCCGGUGAUCACCUGAUGGUCCUCCGCGGGGCGACCGACCUCGUGAGCCAACAUAACGUCAAACACGAUACCUCUCCGGGUCUCCAUCUCGGACAAGUGCUCGACCGGUUCAACAUGCGGCACGGAAUGCGACCAGUGCUCGCAUACAUUCUGGCAAAGGCUGCCUGGUAUUACUACGACUCUGAGUGGACGAGCAUGGGCGUAAGCAAUGACUGUGUGUAUUUCAUGGGCGAGACGCUCGAAGAUGAAGUCGUCUACUUCUGUAAGCCAUAUCUUUCAGCUCAGCUACCACCCCAGGGCAGCCAAAUGGCCGAAUGCCGCCAGGUUGUCGGCAUGAUUCACAGGUACCCACGGAUUCUCGCUCUCGGCGUCAUGCUAGUCGAGAUCGCAACUGGCCAGCGGUUCGAGAUGGAGGGACGUCCCGAUCAGUGGGACCCAAAGACAGCCAACCAACAGCUUUUGACCCUCCAGAAACACCUAAACAAUGGCGAGUUUCAUGAAGACUGCAGGUUUCCGCGCUACAAAGCGGCGGUAAACAAGUGUCUGGACCCGAUGCUCUUCCGAAACGCCCCGUUCAACCCCAAGAAGCCCACCGAAAACCUGGAGCAGAGGCGGUCAAUACUCUACAACGAAAUCGUGGAUCCGUUGCGUCAGUUGAUAGAAGGAACAGGGUGGGAUGAUGAACUCGACGAUAUCGAACAGACAGCCCUGGUUCCGAAGCCCAGGGCAAAGACAGGAUUGAAACCCCCCGCACACUUUAUAGUGUCCGAAAUGGCAGCCCCAGCGGCCCCAGCGGUCCCAAAGGGGGACCCAUGGCUCGAGGAGAUUACUGUUCUGAACAAAAUGCUCAAAGCAGAAAGGAGAAAAGCAUCAACAAGGAAUACUCCUUUUAAGGUCGCUAUUCUCGAUACAGGAUACGACGACAGCUCACCCACGUUCGAUAUUCCUGGUCGUUCGAGGAAGGUCAAAGGAUGGAAAGACUUUGUGUCCUGCUCUCCCCAUCCCGUCGAUACGGACGGCCACGGGACCCAUCUCCUCACACUUCUUCUGCAGCUGGAGUGCCCGGCAAAUAUCUACGUCGCGCGCGUAACGGAGAGCAGCAAGACGCUGAAUUCAGCCGAACGCAACAUCGCUGAGGCGAUCCGAAUGGCUGCAUUAGAAUGGGAUGUCGACUUCGUCUCUCUAUCGUUCGGCUUCCCCAGACACAUUCAAGGGAUCAGGGAGGCCAUAGCAGAUGCAGUUUACGCCAAGCGGGGCGCUAUCACCUUCUUCGCGGCCGCUAACAACGAUGGGUUCAACAGGAGAGAGAUGUUCCCGGCCAACCUAGGGGAAUCCGUCAUUUCGGUCCGGGGGACCAACAGGACCGGCAGCUUCGAGCCCAAAUACAACCCACCCACCAGUUCAGACGAGCCCGUCUUUGGCACGCUCGGUGUCGACGUCCUAUCAGAUUGGCCCGGGUUUGAAACUGGGAAACUCAUGUCUGGUUGUUCAGUUGCAACACCCAUCGCCGUUGCAAUCGCCGUUAUGCUCCUUGAAUAUGCGGUAGCGAGACCUCGGGAGUUCGAUCCGGACGAUCUGAAACUUAUACGCACCCGCCGGGGGGUUUUUGAGAUGUUUAAGGAGAUUAGCGUUCACGCGGGAGACCAUCGGCAUUAUGUCGCACCGUUCAAUCUCUUCCGGCUGAGCGAGGAUGUAAGAUUGGCAAAGAUGAAGACGGCACUUGGGAGACAUCCAGAAAGGUGGUAGACUACCUAGGACGGGACAGGAGAUUUCGUUGAGAUGGCCAGAACGAGUUAGAAACAGGCGGAAAAUACCGAAACCCCUUUACCUUGCACUUUCUACUCCAUCUCAUCAUCCAUGCUAAGAACCACCACCUCGCCCUCCUCACUUUCCACGACAACCUUCUUGACACUCUCCUCCUCCUCAUCAUCCUCAAUACCCAUAUCCUCAACCCCUACCUCCGUAACCUCAAUCGUAUCCUCGGAACUCUCCCCAUCAUCAUCCUCAUCACCAAGCAUCCUCUCCCUAUCCCUCCCCCUAAACUCAGCCAACUCCAACUCCCCGCCCCGCCACCCCCUCCUUUUAACCACCACCACCCGAUACGCAAUCACCACCUCCCCCUCGACCGCAUACGCCUCCCCGUCCCCCCUCUCCCUCCCAACCCCGACCUCGGCCCC